UGGCGAAGGUCUUGCUGGAGGUUGGGCUCUGCAUCAUGAAGGUUGAAAACGCUGAGGAGUGGGCUGUUCAUUGCGUGUAGUAUUAAAGACGACCGGGCCACCGUCAAUGAAGUAGGCUUCAUUACGAGGAGGAAGGACACUUAGCGGCUCUGGGAGGCCUCUUACUGGGCUGCUUUGUCCUGCAAGGAUGUGCAUGGAGUUCAAAUGUUCGUUGAUGCUUGGGGAGGCCUGUCUGCUUCUUGCUUGCAAUGCUCUUGUUUCUUGAUGGAUGGAUGGAGGAAUGAUUGAAUGAGCAUUGUUUAUGUCCAGUCGGUUUUGGAUCGAUGUAACUGCCAGUGAUUGAUGGGCACUAUCGAUGGUAUGUUUGGUAUACGAACCGAUGCAGGCAGUACUAGUCGCAAUCAUCCAUGGUGUUGAAGGCUGUUUGUGGAAGUGUGCAGCUGUCUUCCAUGGAUCUGAAGCUUGAGUGAUCCUGCAUUGGCUGUCUGGGCGAGUUGUAAGCAUAGCCAUGGCACAGUCUCUUCUUGUUCCCGGGCAUGUUCAUCCCCCUUCUUCUUGCAUGUCCUCUUUUUGUUGCAAUCAGCGAAGAGAGUCGGGUGAGGGGGCGAAGGCUGUGAGGCGAAGUCAGUGGCAUUGGCGGGGUUCAUCGUGUGUGCUUUGUGGUUCUUUUUCAGACUCUUUCUGUAGGGGUGGAAUUGGUUGCUUAUCAGGAUCGCUUGACCUGAAAGCACAUCCGGGGUUUAGUUUGGUCUUCAGGUCUAGGAUGACAUCUAGCUCUCUCAUCUGCUGCACCAAUCAGGAUAGACUUUUUGCUGUACAUAGGCUGCUCGAUAACCGUCGAUCUGCAUGCCGCUGCUGCUUGGAUCGCCGUCAAUCUCCUGCUGAUGCAUUUAACAGGGCUGUUGUACACUAUAUGUGCUCGAGUCCUCGUUUGCACAUUCCCGCGACCUUUUCCAAAGCAAUCAGUUUUAGGCUCACUUCAAUUGCUCAAGUCAAUCAUCCAGCGUUACAAAGAACAUGUGCUCCACAGAGGUCACCGAGCGCGUUUUCGUCUUUUCUGUCCAGCACGUUCCUGCCUGUUGUAUCAAUUGGGCCUGUACAGUGGUUAGGGCAUUCCGCUACCUGCAAUCGCCGGGGCCAGAGGAGUUUGGAGAACUCCUGUGUUGUCCAUGUGUCGUCCGGAUCUGGAUCUGCGAGGAGAACGAACCGUCGCAGAUGGGGAAAUCCUCCUCCCACUGUGCAGAAAACUGCACCAUAUGGAUCGCGGUCCGAGCAGCAGGUGAAGGAUCUCUCUGAUCGCGAUCUGCAGCAGGCUGCUGACUAUGUUUCUGGGUUGGACCAUCCGGAGAACUCUAGAUCUAUGGAAUUAGUGCACAACCGUGCGACCAUUGCAAGCAGUGAAGAGGAGGUUACUGGCGAUGAUAGUGUAUUGCUACCUUUGAUACCUGAAGCAAACACUAGGGACAAAAAUGUGUAUGUUGAUCAUGGUUCGGGCUGGUCUGGACUGCAGGGUUCACACCCUGUAGUUACUGGUUUUCGGAGCCAGGAGGAGGGUGUGGGUGAGUUCGGUUACAAGAUGGUAGAGGAAAAAGCUCCAUCUAAUGUGGAUUACCAGAUUGCCCAGCCAGAAGGCUUGGGGCAGGUUGAUUCUGUCGGUUUUGCAGCAGCAUCUCUGGGAGUGGAUGCUGAUAGAGUCAGAUCGACGGUGCAGAUGGAUCCUGUGGAUCUUGGUAUUUCUGCGAGUGGUGAGGUAGAAACUUUGGGUGGAACACGGAGAGAAGAUGAUGAUGUGUUGAUGCUCUCGGAGGUACAGCAGGUGGUCAAGAGUGUUGCUGGCAGAGCAGCGGAUGGGUUUGACAUGGUGCAUGAAGCAGAGGCUCCAGGGCUGUAUGGCCAAGAUGAAACUGUCUUUCCUAUCCACCACAAUCUUUUGCCGAUUGCCGGUGAUCAUAAGGACUUGCCUGUUCACUCUCAGCAGAGUCCAGCUGGAGGCCCUUCGCAUGAGGGAAACGCAGUAGCAGCAGAAAAAGAUGGUGAUGGAGCUAGUGCGCUCAGAUUGGUGGCCGAGCCUGAGGCUACGAAUGAACCAUCGCUUCUUAGUGAUCGAACUCUUGAGGACGUUUGGGGAGAAGGUUCAGGUCCCAUCUUUAUUGUUAAAGAUGGAAAACUGAAUGUUGAUAUUGUUGAGGUUUUGCGUCGGAGUGGCGUUGAUCCAGACCACCCAGAUUCCGCUUCCGCCAAUGCCAAGGAGACAGCUGCGCGGAGAGUUGAGGCGGCCCUCGACUUCGCGGACGAGAUCGUGGGGCGGAGGUUAAACAUUCCGGAAAACAGCAAGCUGUUUCGCUGCGAGGACAAACAACUUGUGACACACGUGGACGUCAAUAAUGUUUUCACCUACUUCUCCUGGAAUCAGUUUAAGUCUGGAAUCUGGUGGUUCUUGUUGACGUACCUGCUCUUUGGGGGUUGGUAUGUUUGGCGUAGCAAGAUGCUCCAGAAAGAGAUUGCAGAAGGGAAACUCGAAGCACCAGAAGAACGAAAGGCACGGAGGGAAAGAAUGGACCGAUUGCAAGAGCUGCGAGAUAAGAUGGAAGAAGACCAAAGUGUACAUCCUCCUCCUCCUCCUUCUUCUUCCGCUUCAGAUUCAUUCUCCCCUUCGCCUUCCUCUUCAACUGCGGUGUCCGGAGAGCCUCUGGCUGAUCUGAUGGGGCAUAAGAAGAGUGCUGCUGCUGGUGCCGCCGGGGAUGCUCAACAGGGGCUGAAGAGGACCUUGACAGAUCUGGGUGCUGUUGUUGCUUCAAGUGGCAUUCUGCUGGGAGAACUUGGUGGUGCCAGCGAUUCGGGCGAGGACCCAGAUUUUCUAGUGAAAAUAAAAGAAGUGCAGCAGGCAGCAAGGGUAGCCAAGAUGAAGGACAAGCUUGAAGCCAGCGGGGGAAGGAUAUCUCAGGAUGAGAUGCUGGCCAGAAGGACAGGAAGAAGGCAUCAUAGUACCGAGAGCGACGGAGCAGAGGGAGGCUUGCACACAAGCGAAGAUGGCAGUCAUGGUUUGAGGGAGCGGAUUCCUGCUACCACCAUGGAGACCAAUCAAGAACAUCCACUAUCUGGCAUCCGGUUUGCUGAUAACAAGCUCGAUGCUGUCAAUACUACGUACUCUCCAGAGGAUGAUGGUGUUAGUGAAAGCGAGGGUUCCCCUGCAGCACAAGAUGAAGAAACUCAGUUGCUAGCAUCAUCAACUCCCUUGCAAACUUUGCGGGUGAAUUCUGGAGGCAGCGACAUAGGUGUUGGCGCUAUUGGCCAUGGAAACCAGAUUGUGAUUGGUGACGAAGACCAAUCUGAUGGCAAUUCCCUGGGUAAAGGUUCCCCAGUAGAGGAGAGAGGUGAUGCCGAGUCAGCAAGCGAGUUGGCAAGUGAUGACGAGGUGGAGGCUGAGGGAAACAACGAAUUUAAUGGAAAGAAUUUGUGUGAGGAUGCCUCGCAAGAACGAGGAGUGACGACUUCUCCAGAAAUUGUAGGAGUCAGAUCUUCAGCCGGGCAAAGUCAGGAUGGGACGUCUGAGGAUUUCACCGCUGGUGAUGAUGGGGAAAUGAAGGGGGAGGAGGGGGGAGAUGAUGAUGUCCUUGACGAAGAGGAGAUUGAUGAGGAGGAGCUUGUAGCACACAUAGAAGAAGUGAAUGAGAAGGUGAGGAACAACUGUGAGAAGGGCAUGCCGAUGUUCAAUGGUGUGUCAGAGGAGGACGAGGAGUUGUUUCUUAACAUGUUGGAGGUGGUUUUCAAGCAGUUUGACAAGAAGCUAGGCGGUAAGUCUCAGGAAGAGAUGGAAGGAGUGGGCGCAGGUAGCGCCAACAGGUAUGAAGGAAUAGAUCCAGAAGGGGUGAAAAGACUGGUGGGCAAGCUAAAGGAAAACAUUUGGAGUGGAAAGGAUGUACUGCUUGGCCUAGACGAGGAAGAAAGCAAAGAGAAGGAGACGCUACGGUCCCUGAAGAAGGUGUGGGAGAAGGAACUCUUGGAGGAAUCCCAGGAAGAGAAAUGGAGGCGGCCAUCUGUGAUCAAUGACAUAGCUCGCAAGGUGAGGGAUAAUGUGGAAUCUGGACGGUCACCAUUCCUCGGCUUUACCUCAGACGAGGAGAAGCAGUGGCUUGAAAGCCUUGAAGAGACGUACGGCAAGGAUGGAGUCGAGGAACUCCAAGCGCUGGGUAGACAGGAAACGGAGGAGGAGUCUGCAUGGCAGCAAGACCCCAUUCUGAAGGACAUUGUAAUGACGGUUAAGGACAAUGAGCAGAGGGGAAGACCAUCCUUAGAAGGAUUGACAAAGGAAGAAAAGGAAAGGUUCUGGAAAGGGAUCAGUGAUAAAUACAAGCGAAUCUCAGAAGGAGUGGAAAAUGUUGCAAAGGAGAACGUGGCGAAUCUGAAUAUCAAUACAUCAACACUUACUGGAGAAGAGAGCAUUGAAGAUUUUCGACCACGAUGGGUUGGCCCCAACAUGUCAGAACCACCAUUUAAUGCGCCUAACGAAGAAGUUUUGGAGACGAUGAAGAGGUAUAUGCAGGAGGCACUCAAACAGCGUGACCCAGUUUGGAAUGACAACUCAUCAGGCGACGAUGACGUAUCGGAGGAGACAGACUCUGGUGAAAGCGCUCCUGGAACUUACGCUGCAAGUUCUUCUGACGAUCAAGGGAGCGGUGUUGUUUCUUCGUCAUCACCGACACCCUCCUCUUCUCCUUCAUUGUCUUUCACGUCGUUUUCAGACAUGGUCUCCGAGAUAGAGGGAAAGCGUGGAAGAAAUCCUGUGAGCGCCCAAGGAUGGACAAGAGCUGAUGGACCCAGCGGAGCUCGCCAGGAAACUCAGAAACUGAGGAGUGGCGGCGCGGACGUUGGAGCGACAGAUGACCCGAGUCUGACAGAUGACAGCCCAUUGCCAUUGAGAGUGCCACAGAGAAGUGCUAAUCGGGAGUCCAUCGUUACCGACCGUCUUCGCACGGAUUCAAAAGACAAGUCUGCAAUGAAGCGCACUGAACGCGGUAAUGCAACGGGUGAUCUGCUAACUGGCAAAGGAAGUGGUGAUACACAAUGGAGCAACAUGAAGGACUGGGUGGCAAAGAAAAAGCGUCGUUUGAGAAAGGUCGAUCCGAAAUACCCACACAUGGAAAGAUGGACUGAUGAGAUGUGGGAACGGUAUGAGGAGGAAACGGACCCACAAGUUCGGGCAAUACUCAAACAAAUGGGAGCAGAUCUUAAGCAGUGGGUUUCUGAGACAGCUGUACAGGGAGAGCUGGAAAAGCAGAGGCAGUUUGAAGAGGUAAGAGAGAAAUGGCGGGCGGAACUGCGUGCUGAGAAGAAAAAGAUCGGCUUGGAAGGGAUGAUCAAGAAGUAUGCUACCUCUAAGGAGGAGAUAUUGAAAAAAAAGGAGGAGGAAGCGGCAUCAUGGAUUAAUCUACCUUACAUCCUGGGAGUGGAGCUGCAAAGAUUUGAAGAUGGGAACGAGGAGGGGGAUGUUGGUCUCUACUCCCUCAAUAUGGCCCCUCCGAAUCAAGAACAAAAGCCACAUGUUGUUGGAUUUGAAGACAAGGAUGAUGCCAUGAAAUUCUGCUGGCUCUUGCAAUCAAACUAUGAGGAAGGGUUUUCACCUUCCGUACGGGCAUUUCCUCCCAAGGUUUUGAGAGAUAUUGCAAAUUCCUCUGGCUUUGGAAUCACGGUUGUACGUCGGGCCGAUCUUGACAUCACAUCCAAUAUGGACAUGGAGGAGAUGGAGCGUCAACUGAUCAUGAUGGGAGGUGGAAAGUACUGGGAAGGGGUUCUGAGCGAUGAGGAGAUCGCACGCCAGUUCAAGGAGUUCCAGGAGCGAUCGACGUCGAUGUAAUAAUCAGCAUUGACAUAAUGUUCGAAGUUUUCGCUAUGGAGUGUUCUUCUUCGGAAACCAACAAUGGCAGCAAGGGAUGAAGUGGCACGCACAUGACGGUAAGCAUUCACUGAACCUUGGUGUUUGAUCCAACACCUCUGCAUAUUACUGUGCCAGGUGCCUGGCAGGUCUGGAAGAUCUGGAUCCCAGUCUGGAUGUCUGGACCUGGAUGACUCCACACGCGAUUGGGACACAGGUGUUCAGGCGUGUUGAGCCAGAGUGUUUUUUUUGUUUUUCCUCCCAAAUUCCGAACAAGGCGUCGUCGUUGCAUACCGAAACCAGACCUGGCGAGGGCCAGUUGACGGCCAGAGAAAUGUUCCAAAAAAAGAACUGCUGACUGCUUUCCAGAUCGAAGUUCAGUGGUUGUGAUUAUAAGCCCAUGUUCGUUUUGUUGAAAAACGAAAAAUCAAAUUUCUUACAGCUG